UUUAACAAGCGCUUGCGCUCUGUUGAACCCGCCUAUGGGUACAAUGGAUGGAAUUGAAAAUUACCACGUCUAAAAAUAGCAUUAACAUUGUUCACCUUAAAAUGGAUUCUCUCAACCAAGGAAUGAGUGAGGGAAUGAAAAACAUGUCAGAGUCAGUGUUUGUUGGACUGUGUGAGAUAAUGGGGACCUCACAACAGGUGGCCGGCAGGAGGGAGGCAACGGUCAUCAGGGAAAUGGUGAACAGACGAAUUACACCUAAUGAUGGGAUCAUUCAGAUGGAUAGUGGAAGUAGGAAAGAAGGAUUCAGACUGAAGGGAUCAGUUAUGGACACUAUGUUCUGGCCAAACAACCACCGAGUGAUCAUGGACAUGUCUCAGUCUGAGUAUUACAACACAGCCAAUACAACCUUGAUUCUCUCUGACAGUUCUGCGUGUCCACCAGGAUUCACUAUACUUCAGUUAUUGACACCACCAAGAUACAAUGAAGUGCAAUCAGCGUGUGUCAGAAUGAAUAACAGAGUCUAUAUAUCUAGUUCUAAAUACAGAGAGAUGACUUGUACAAUUGUAUUUUCUGAUUCCAAACUAUAUGGACCCGUUAGUACUGGUAUUAGAAGAGGAGUAGAAUAUGAUCAUGCCUGGUGUUUUGUCUGUGACUUUUGGCCGCAGUCUGCAUGCUCAUGGAUAGACCGAUGUCACUCCUGGCCUGAUCCUGAAGUUGUCAAGGACAUUGUCAGAAAUGGAUGUCACUAUAUACCACUAGGCGCAAGAGGACCCCUUGAGGAUAAAAAGUGGAAGAUUUCUUUUUCCAAAGCAGAAUUUAAACUUGUGUCCUCAAUGAAUCACAGUCAGUUUUUGACUUAUGGAUUGCUUAAAGUAUUCUUCAAAGAAAUUAUUUUUCGGCAAUCAAUCCGUGAAGAAACCUGUGGAUUGUUGAGUUCCUAUCACGUAAAGACAGCAAUUCUUUGGACCAUUCAACAAAACACACUACCUCAUUGGAAUCCACAAAAUCUUUUAGCCGGUUUCUGGGUCUGCUUUAAACUCCUUCUUAAAUGGGUGUAUCAGGGAGUUUGUCCUAACUUCUUCAUCCCACAAAACAAUUUGUUCAAUAGAAGAGUCCAUGGCUCAGUACAAAACAGAUUGUUCCUAGAGUUACAUGAAUUGUACAACAAAGGUCUGGUCUGUCUGUUACAGAGUUCCUCUCUCAGGUCCUACAUCAUUGAUAUCAUGUACAAUCCCAGACUCUCUCUUUGUACAGAAGAGAUUGUUAUGUCCGAAGUUGAUAGUGAUCUAGAACUUGUCAAACAAUGUUGUUCAACUGAUAAUCUGAUCUCAGACCUUCGUCCCCUUGUACAAGCUAUACAUCAAGUAGAACAAUUGGUAGAUUCUCCUCUGAGUCAGUAUCAAGCUGUCUCGUUACGGAAUCUUGCAUCUGCCUUCUUUAAGAAUACUGCAAUUAUAAUACAUAACAUAUACACUAACACGGGUGUUAACAAAGAUGUAUAUACUGCUGACAAAAUGUCCUGUCGCAUGCUGAAAUUAGCAGCCAAAUUUGGGUGUAUAUCUGACAUGUUGUACAUUGCCAUGUAUUAUUACAAGACACUCAGAUACAGGGAAGCUUUAUCUGUUAUAGAGGUGACAAAGGUCAAGUUAGCACAGCCAUAUCUAAUGUAUAGGGGACAUGUAGACAGAGAGAUGUUUACUGAAGCUGUAGGCGGACAGUCAUGGUCUGUAAAGAUGAGACAGGCUGUAGCAAUAGAUAUCAUACUUGACAAUGAAAUCUGUUAUAUCAGUGAACUAACACCAGAACAACAGUCUGCUGAAAAGAACAGGGAGCCUAUAUUAUAUGUCCCAAUAUUUGUGAUGUUACACUUCCUAGAGUUCCUGUGUCACAGACACAUUGAUACAACACUAUCACAAGCAGCUCUAGAUGAGCUACUGGUCCUAGUCCACUGUGAUCAGGGACUGUAUGUAUCUGAAUACUGCGGAGACAUCUCGUGGGAGAUCCUGGGGAUCUGUCAACAGAUCACAGGGAACCUCCAGGCUGCUCUAUACUCAUACCAACAGUCACUCACACAAUAUCCAUUCCACAAAAUACAAACUGCUACACAGAAGAGAAUACAGGAUGUGAUUCAGUCCGUACAACUACAGUAAAUAAACACUAUGUCUUGAUUGGAAAAUAAGAACAUAUUUAUGCUGGGUAUGAUUAAUUUCCACACAGAAAAAUAAUCAAUUUUAGGGGAACAUCUCCAGAUUAACAUUUAUUUACUAGACACAUCAAUAUUUAUAUUUGAUCAGUGCAAAGUGGUUAAAUAUCAAACUAUGUUGCUAUUAUUGUUGUACAUGUGCUUAUGGUUAAUUAAACACUAUCCAACUCAAAAAAUUAUUUUAAUCAUAAGUUCACUUUGAAAUAUUAUUUUGAAUUAUUUCAGUGAUCUUCAUUUUUUUUUUCAUGUUUUUGUUGGAAUACUUAACAAAAAUCUAUAAAUAAUAUAGCGAUUCCCAUUGUAUUAUAUGUAUUUAUAACAUAAUAUUUACAUAUUCAAAGAAUCUUCGCCAUUCUUUAAAAAUCCACUUUAUUUUAUUUGUGUUUUAGGUCACCUGAGUCACUCAGGUGAUCUAUUGCAAUUGGUCUUCAUCCGUCGUCGUGCGUCGUGCGUUAACAAUUUUACAUUUUUAACUUCUUCUUGAAAACUACCAGGCCAAUUGUUACCAUUUUUGGUGUGAAGCAUUUCUAUGGUAAGAAAAAUCU